AAGGGAGUGUUCGCUCACUUCAUGGUUGAAGUUGCCCAAAAAUGGACACAGAGUCAAUGGGAAGAUGAUAUGCGCCUAGCACAAGAAGCCCAUAUUGAUGCGUUUGCGCUGAACUUUGCAAAUGAUGCUAGCUCUUUGUCAGCGCUUCCUACGGCUUUCAAGGCGGCAGAGACUCGUGGUUUCCAGGUUUUCUUCUCGUUCGACUACGCUGGCAAAGGUCCAUUUCCUCAAAGCGCAGUUAUCGAAUUACUCACUAGCCACAAGGAUUCCUCAGCCUACUAUCAUUACAAAGGGCAACCUCUGGUUUCCACUUUCGAGGGUCCUGAAAAUGCAAAAGACUGGGUCAGCAUCAAGGAAGAAACAAACUGCUUUUUUAUCCCUGAUUGGUCUUCCCUCGGUGCAAAGGCAGCCUUGGAGCCUGGUGUUGCCGAUGGGCUGUUCAAUUGGGCGGCCUGGCCCUGGGGCGACACGGACAUGGAUACAUAUGUUGAUGCGUCGUAUUUGGACUUCCUUGAGCAAGCAGGCGGUAAACCAUAUAUGAUGCCCGUUUCGCCGUGGUUUUACACCAAUCUCCCUGGUUUCGAUAAGAACUGGCUUUGGCGUGGAGAUGAUCUGUGGAGAGAUCGCUGGGAGCAGGUGAUGAUUAUUCAACCAGACCUUGUGGAGAUCAUCAGCUGGAAUGACUAUGGUGAAUCCCAUUAUAUCGGUCCUCUGCGCGACAUAGAGAAUUACCACGCCUUGGCUAUUGGCAAGGCGCCAUUUGACUACAUAUCCAACAUGCCCCAUGAUGGGUGGCGGCUGUUCCUUCCUUACUGGAUUGACAUGUACAAGCAUGGUAAGCCCUCUAUUACUAAGGAAGGCAUUAUGGGAUGGUACCGCAAGAAUCCUGCCUUGUUAUGUAAUAGGGGCGAAACCACAGCGAAUACUGCCAGCCAACUCCAGAUUGAAUUCGAUCCUGUAGAUGUUGCACAGGAUAAGAUCUUCUUUUCCGCGCUAUUAACUGGCUCUGCGUCUGUCCAAGUCACAGUAGGGGGUGUCCCGGUUUCUAUCGCCUGGGAUAAUAUCCCGAAUGGUGGCAUCGGAGUUUGGCAUGGAAGUGCCAGUUACUCAUCUCACCGGGGUGAGGUUGUGAUCAGCUUGGCAAGAGGUGCGACUAUUGCUGAGAUUAAAGGGCCAGCAAUCAGCUCAGUUUGUGAUGGUGGUUUCUCAAACUGGAAUGCAUGGGUGGGUAGUGCCAGUGGCCCCAGCAUUGCAGGAGUAUCACCAAUACUUUCUAUUGAUGAGCAAAAGUGCAUUCAAGGCACAGCCAAGGGCAACUUUAAGGGUCUCUGUGAAUUUACAUGUGCAUAUGGAUAUUGCCCAGUUGGGGCCUGUGUUUGCCUUGCACUGGGCCCUCCGCGCGAGCUCCCUAAGCCUACAGGAGUAAAAGGCUAUCCUAUCACAGGCGAAGGCUCUAGUUAUAUUGGACUCUGCAGUUUUGCUUGCAAUUACGGCUAUUGCCCUUCGAACGCUUGCGGGACAGUGUCAGUGCCACUGACUGAGCCAACCGUCUCCCCAUUUCUCCCUCCAGCCUGUCGAUCCGGCUCGGGUGAAGGUAGCUUUAUGGGUCUCUGCUCAUUUAGCUGCAACUAUGGAUUCUGCCCUAUCCAUCGAUGCACUUGUACGGGGACCGGUGCAUUAGUGGAUGCACCCCCGAGAAACACUAGCAUCGAGGGGCACUACACUGAUAAGAACACGGACGAUGCAGGUCUCUGCAAUUUUGCAUGUCAGCAUGGUUACUGCCCGGAUACUUGCUCUGCUACAAGCAUAGAGCCCCCUGAACCUUCUGAUCCUGAUGAU